GAGACCAGCAGAGCACACACGGAGCGGCGCCAUGCACUGCCCUCGGACCGACAGCUAGCCCUCUGAAGAGCCCGACCCAGCCCGAAAUGUUCGGUCCAGGGCUCCCGUUGUUGAAUUAUUUCACUGAUACAAGAUAUAAAGAGGGAGUACGUGUUAUACUAUGGCGGGGUUUUGAUUCUUACUUUUCCGUAUCGCUCGGUGUAGCGUGGCAACGGCAGGGGAUCGUUUCCAAAGUUGUCGGUUAGCAGGGCGCGUGUGAAGGAUCGGAAUUAAAGGUGCAGUGCACUCGCUGUAGCUGCAAACAUGGAGAAGCAGCAAAGCGAUUUGGAACGAGAGCGACAGUACUGUGAACUUUGUGGGGAAAUGGAGAACCUCCUUAAGUGUGGUAGGUGCCGGAGCUCCUUCUACUGUAGCAAGGAGCACCAGAAACAGCACUGGAAGAAACACAGGCUAAUGUGUAUGGACAAGGCGCAGCUUCCCAAACAGAAGCCCGAGCAGCCUGCGCCUUCGGGGGACGACGAGGCACAGGAGAAAGACCGGGAAAAGACAAGCCCCGAACAGGCGAACAGUGUGUCUUUAUCACAAAACUCAAACACAGAAUCACCCGGAGACGGUGACGGGCCGGGAGAGGUCGUGUCCAACAACACCGCCACACCUAACGGACAAACUAGCUCAUCCCCUCAGAAACUUGCCAUGGAGUACAUAGUCCCGUGUAUGAACAAGCACGGUAUCUGUGUGGUGGACAACUUUUUAGGAGCAGAGACUGGGCUUGGCAUUUUGGAUAAUGUUAAAGCUCUGCACAAAACGGGCAAGUUCACAGACGGACAGCUGGUCAGUCAAAAAAGCGACUCUACUAAAGACAUCCGAGGGGACAAAAUCACGUGGAUAGAGGGGAGGGAGCACGGCUGCGAGAAGAUCCGCUUUCUGAUGAGUCGUAUGGACGACCUGGUCAGACAUUGUAACGGCAAAUUGGGAAACUACACAAUAAAUGGAAGGACAAAAGCAAUGGUGGCAUGUUACCCUGGAAACGGCACAGGAUACGUGCGCCAUGUGGAUAACCCCAACGGCGACGGACGCUGUGUCACAUGCAUAUAUUACCUUAACAAAGAUUGGACUGCCAAGGUAUGUGAGUGUGAGGAGGAAAUUAUGGAACACGGUGGCCUUCUCCGAAUCUUCCCAGAAGGGAAGGCCCAGUUUGCCGAUAUCGAGCCCAGAUUUGACCGCCUGCUCCUGUUCUGGUCCGACAGACGGAACCCUCACGAGGUUCAGCCCGCCUUCGCCACCAGGUAUGCCAUCACGGUGUGGUAUUUUGACGCAGAUGAGCGAGCCAGAGCUAAAGAGAAGUACCUAACGGGUGCAGGAGAGAAAGGAGUAAAGGUUGAACUUGGCAAACCCUCAGACCCCAGCUAAUGGGAAGCCUGCAUACCAACAGCCGUUAAGUGCUCUGUUCGAAGAAAGUGGCCUAUAGAGAGCAUGUGUGUGUGUUUUACAUGGCAACAGCAGACUUUUUGCCCGAGAGUGUGGAAGAACCAUUUUUAUGGAGACAAAACAAACAAAAACAGUGAUUUCUGCUUGUUUUCAGCAAACCGGGGCAGCCCAGAGGACCUUGAAUGUCAUGACAUCGUACUGAAAGGGAUUGUGUGUUUUUGUUUUUAUUUCCCUUUCACCUCUUCGUUGGAGAGAGCGCUUACGUUACAGCUGACAUUUUCAUAAAAUCAACGGGGGUUAAGCUCCCAGAGAAUCUACACCUUUUGCAUAUUGGUUUUUACAGUUAAUUCCUAAAGGUACAGUGUUCUGCAUAUUAUCGUGGUAUGCUUUUCACAUGGAAUCAGCUGUUAUGAGCUACAGUAUUGCAAAGUUGUACUUGAGGCUGCAAUAAUAUGAGGAAUGAUCUGAAUUAAAAACACGCUUUUUCUGACUGAAA